AUGGACACAGACUCAGCCAUCCUUCCUGAGACGCCUCCGGACUUGCAUAUCCCAGAUUCACAGGUCGCCGUGAAGGUGUCAAUCAUUGAUACUACCAGCUAUAUGAGCAAUUUUCCCAUGUGGGCUUUCGUCGAUCCGUUGAUGCCUGGGCACGAGGAGAUGAAAGGCUGCGACUUUUCAUUCAUCGUUGAACACCCCAAGAGUGGCAACAAGUACGACACGUUGCUCUUUGAUCUUGGGGUGCGCAAAGACUGGGAAAACUUACCGACAUCCUUCGUCCAAGGUAUCAAGGAAGGUGGCUGCAAGAUUGAGGUUCAGAAGGACGUUGCCACCAUUCUAAAGGAGAAUGGACGAGAUCUGUCCGAGGUGGGAGGUAUCAUCUGGUCACACUGGCAUUUUGACCAUGUCGGUGAUGUCCAGACGUUCCCAGAUGCGACGGAUGUGAUCGUUGGACCUGGGUUCAAGAAAGCGCAUGUACCUGCCUGGCCCACAGUUCCCGACUCUCACAUUGAUGAGAAGGCAUGGGAAGGUCGCACACUGCGCGAGAUUGACUUCGCGGCAGAAGGAAAAGGUCUCAAGAUUGGCCAGUUUGAUGCUCUUGACUUCUAUGGCGACGGAAGCUUCUACCUCCUCAAUACCCCCGGUCACACCAUCGGCCAUCUUUCCGCCCUUGCCCGCACAACGGUUGAUCCUCCGACAUUCAUCUUCAUGGGUGGAGAUAUCGCACACCAGGGAGGAGAGUUUCGGCCGACGCCGUAUAUGCCUCUACCCGCCGCGAUCUCGCCCAACCCGUUCAACCGCACUUUGGCACGUCCAGCCCUUACUUGCCCUGGUGACAUUUUCGUUGAGAUUCAUCACAAGAAGAGCCGCACAGUGCCCUUCUUCGACCCAACCACCGCCGAGGGUUCGUGGCAUUACUGUGCCCACCAGGCAAAACGCAGCAUUGACAAGCUGACCGAGUUCGAUGCUUACGAGAACAUCUUCCCUGUCAUUGCUCACGACAACAGCCUGUACGGCGCUAUCGAUGUUUAUCCAGAGCCAGCGAAUGACUGGUUCGCCAAGGGCUGGAAAGACAAGACCAGAUGGGGUUGGCUCAAUGAGUUUGACCCAGGCAGUGAGGGACUGGCUAAGGCUAGUCAACAGUGA